CGCGGAGCAGGCGGGGCUGUAGGGCCUCGGCGGCGCCCGCUCCCCAGCGCGCUGGGCGGGGUGUGUGCCGGGCGGCUUCGCGGGCAGGCGCGGGCCCCGAGGCGGCGGCUGCGCGCCCUGCGCCGGGGAGGAGCCGGGGGCGGGCGGCCGGCGGGAGGGGACUGGGGCCCGCGGUGGGAAGUGCCGGAGCGCCGGCGGCGACGACGGCAGCGUUGGCAGAGCCGGCUCGGUGCGUGGGUCCGCGGCGGCUCGGGGUUCCCCCGCGGGCUGCGGUGCGAGAGGGCGGCCCGGCUCCCCUUCUCUCCCGCCCGCCGCCACCGCUGUGAUUGGGUGGAAGAUGGCGCUGGGCGGAUGGAAAUCCUAAUGACAGUCUCCAAAUUCGCCUCCAUCUGUACCAUGGGCGCCAAUGCCUCGGCAUUAGAGAAAGAGAUUGGUCCAGAACAAUUUCCAGUCAAUGAGCACUAUUUUGGAUUAGUCAAUUUUGGGAAUACCUGCUACUGCAAUUCAGUUCUUCAAGCACUUUAUUUUUGUCGUCCAUUUCGGGAAAAAGUUCUUGCAUACAAGAGUCAGCCUAGGAAGAAGGAGAACCUUCUUACGUGCUUAGCGGAUCUGUUCCAUAGCAUAGCCACCCAGAAGAAAAAGGUUGGAGUAAUACCUCCCAAGAAGUUCAUAACAAGAUUACGGAAAGAAAAUGAGCUUUUUGACAACUACAUGCAGCAAGAUGCCCAUGAGUUUUUAAAUUACCUACUAAAUACAAUUGCUGAUAUAUUACAAGAAGAAAGAAAGCAGGAAAAACAAAAUGGCCGUCUCCCGAAUGGUAACAUUGACAGUGAGAACAACAACAGCACACCAGACCCAACAUGGGUUCAUGAGAUUUUUCAGGGAACAUUAACUAAUGAAACCAGAUGUCUUACUUGUGAAACUAUAAGCAGCAAAGAUGAAGAUUUUUUAGAUCUUUCUGUUGAUGUGGAACAAAAUACAUCAAUUACUCACUGUUUAAGGAUGAAAGUUAAAAAGCUGCCCAUGAUUCUAGCUCUACACCUGAAGAGAUUUAAAUACAUGGAUCAACUUCAUCGAUACACCAAACUUUCUUACCGGGUAGUUUUUCCUUUAGAACUUCGUCUCUUUAACACUUCAGGUGAUGCAACCAAUCCUGACAGAAUGUAUGACCUUGUUGCUGUUGUGGUUCACUGUGGAAGUGGUCCUAAUAGAGGCCAUUACAUCGCAAUAGUUAAGAGUCAUGACUUUUGGUUGUUGUUUGAUGACGAUAUUGUAGAAAAAAUAGAUGCACAAGCUAUUGAAGAAUUCUACGGGUUGACAUCAGAUAUCUCAAAGAACUCUGAGUCUGGUUACAUCCUUUUCUAUCAGUCUCGAGACUAAGGGGAACCAUGAUGAAGAGACUUCUGCCUCAUUUCUUCUCUGGCUAUUAUGGAAAGGAUCAAGCACUAAUUUUUCAAGAAAAGAGAAAUGCAGGAAGCUCAGGGGGCAGUGGCACACUUUGCACACAAUAAAGCAAAGACUAUGGAUUAACAAGCUCUUCCUAUUAUGGUAGUUGAUUUAUUUGCUCAGGUAUCAUGCUGUCUGUGCAGUUCCAUUCAACAAGGAAGUGACAUCAGAGAUAGCAGCUCCUCCUGUAAAGCAGCCUUCCGGUAACUGAUACACACACGUUCUCUUUAUCAAUUGCUUCAGUAAUGAUUUUAACUCCUUCGAGGUGCAGUAGAAAGAAUAGGAGUCUGUGCCAGGUUAUAUUGAUAAUUUAAGGAGAUGAUAGAGAACACAGUAUAUAAGUUUGCCUGUGUUGAAUGAGUACAGAAAGGCUAUUUGAUGGUCUUUUCAAUCAUAAACCAGAAAUACUUUUGGGCCCAACACUUGCAGUUGCCUUCCUGAUAUAAAAACUAACAGGUUUUAGAAUCCAGUGUCAGGAAGACAAAUAUGUUUUGCUUCUCUAAAGAAGCUUUUAAUAAUAUACAGUAUAUGUAUAUGUAGGGAACAAUUGGUCAAAAGUGGCUUUUUGUUUCCCCAAGGGGAAAGACUGGCUUUGUAAUUAUAAUGUUUUCCUUAUUUAUUUUACUUAAAACUGCUAUAGUCUAAGUAUUGUAUAAAGUGCCCAUGAUUCUGUCAGUAAAUUUGAGCAUAUUUUUAAGUUUUAUUAGCUUUUGUCAGUUAACUAGUCAUUUUGCUUGUUUCUAUUUUUAAGGUGAAUUUUAAACUAUUUAAAUCAGUAAGAUACCAUAAGAAAAAUUGCAAUGGGAUGAGGUAAAUAUUUUUUUUCAGGAGGAACUGAUAUCUCUGGCUAAAUAUUUGUCUUUUGUUUUAGCUUAUGUCAGUUAUUUUAUUCAGCUUUAAUUUCAUCAAAAUAAGAAACUAUAAAAAAAAUUCCCUAUAGUUGUUGGGAUGAUAAAAGACAUUCUGGUGCAGUGGUGGUAUACUAGUCUCUAGAAUUCUUAAAUACUCUAAUGUUUCCAAUGGAGGUCAUGUCUGGAAGAUUCAUGUAAUAGCAGUUAUAUUAUUUUCCAGAGUCAUUCUUUACCUUGGAAAGAAGGAAUCAUUCAUCAUAACCCCAGUAGCUAGUGGAAAAAACCUUUGAAAAUUAACUUUUAAUGAAGUAGACCAGGAAUACACAAAUAUGUCCUUUUCUCCAUCCGCCUUUACAAAUCUUACUGGGAGAAUGUUUGGAAAUUAACUUGGUUAAGACUCCCUUCUGUUAGGAGUUUUAAGAAGUAAUGUAUGUAAUUAAAAUGUGUAAUUUUUGCAACUGACACUUUUUCAUGCAUCAGUAAGUUCUCUGACAGUGACCAAAUGUCACUUGUGGAAAGUAUUUGAAUACGUAUAUAUUCAAAAUAAUAGCAAUCAAGCCUUGGAUAUUAUUUAUCAGUCUUUUCAGGCAGUAAUUUUUUUAAUUGCUGUAAUUUUCUAAACUUAUUUUAUUAAUACUGUUGAAUACGAAAAACAAAAAAGAAUCCUUUUAUCUGCUGCUAUAAUUAACACUUACUAUCUGUAUCUUUUAGCUCAGGAAAUGACUUCACCUAUUCAUUCCAUGAACAUAUCUUUAACAGGGUCACUUAGUUAAUUGGGUUGUCUGACAGAUGUGCUGAUAGAAAAUUAUGAGGUAUUUUGAUAAAUUACUUAUUAUAGUAUAGGUUCUGAAGCCUUAUCUUGGCUGGAAUUGUUCUGUACAAAUAACAUAGCCUGGCUGGUUUACCAGCAUUGCACAGAGAAUUACAACCGAAAAUGUGGGGCAGGCCAUAGCAGUGGAACUGGAUACAUUUUUUAUUUUGAGGCUUAAACCAAAUUGUCUUGGAUUUUAAAGUAGUGUUUCUGUGGUUUUCUGCACAGAGAAGGUGAGUAAGGAGAAGCUGAGUCAGUUUUAUGUGAGUCAGGCCAUGGCAUGUGUAAGAAAGAUAGAUGAAGUCAUUUGCAUAAAGGUACAGAGUUGAAAUAUUUUGUUUGUUUUCACAUUGUGCAUUUUAAAAAACAGUAUAGGCUAAAGUUCAAUUUUAUAUUAAAGCAAAUGAUAGCUUUCUUGUUGAGUUCCAUGGUAGUCAUACACUGUUCACAUCUAUACUACAUUUAAUAGUACUGGUAUGAUUCGUCAGGGGAGGGACUGUGGGGUGAUGGUUCUCAAUUUACUUUUUACUCUUAGUGCAGCUGCAUCUAAGUAGAAUGUUUGCAAGCUUAUCAGAAACUCAACAUACUUUAAAAACAUAUAGGGUUAGGGUUGUGGGGGAAAUGCAGACAUAGUAAGAAAAGUGACCUAUAUAGACAGCAUUGUGAGGUUGUCUAUGGGUUGACUGUGGUUGAAAUGAAGGGCAGGCUUCAGAUGUAAAUGGUGGCUGAUUGCUGUCGAUGUACAUGAUUGAUGGGAAUGGCUGUUCCAUAUUUUGUAUAUUGGAAUAAAAUUUAUAUAAAUUAUCAUAACUAAAAGUAAAUAUUCUAAAUUAAGUCUCGCUUCGAAGUCAUAUGGCUUCUGUCUUGGCAACUUUACCUUUAGAAGAUUAUUUAAGACAGGAGCCAUGCGACUUCCAGAAGGAAAAGGAAAUGUGUAAUAUAUGGAUCUUGUUGUCUCUAACCAUCAUAUAGGUUUUUUCUUUCCUUGAUGGCAGUAGAAAAAUCUCAUUUUCAUAACAUACUACUCCUGAUUCUUUCUUUAAAGAUACUUUUCAUUAAAGAUUCUCUCAUGAGGUAUUUAACUGGGAGCUAGGAGGCUAAGGUGCUCAGGUCCUGGCUCUUCAGUGAAUUUAACUGUGUGACCUUGGGCAAGUCACUUAACCUCUCUGUGCUUCAGUCUCCCUCUCUUGUAAAAUGGGAGUAAUACCUACCUCACAGGGUUGUUGUGGGGACUAAUUAGAUAAAAUGUCUGUUAAGCAUCUAAGGUUCUUGAAGAAGGCACUAUAUAAAUACAAAAUAAUAUCUAUUAAAGUUGUUUUAUUUGUG